UAUGUUCAGCCUGACUGACACGGGGAACGAGAGCGCUAGAGAACAGUGUAAUCUAAAUUUCCCCUUUGGCAAUACAUGCUGAUUGGGUCCCAAAAGCAAGCUGCUUUAAACUUUUAAUAUUUGACUCCUGUGUUCUGCCUUGACUGGUCGCGAAGGGCUGUCUCUGAAGAAGCUACAUUCAGACAAGAGAAAAGAUUUCGUCUGCAUUGAGAUUUUUUUCCAUUACAAGCGUGUGUGUGCGCGCGCGUGUGUGCGUGCGUGUGUCUGAGGGGAAAAUGUUUUCCGAAACUUUUUCAAGGAUGAUCUACCUUGGAUGUUUCCUGUUUCUUUGUGGGCUUACGCAUGUCAUGGCAAGUUAUCCUAUCUGGUGGUCUCUCGCUGUAGGCCACCAAUACUCCUCCCUGGGUACCCAGCCCAUCCUGUGCGGCUCCAUCCCCGGCCUGGUGCCCAAGCAGCUGCGCUUCUGCCGCAACUACGUGGAGAUCAUGCCCAGCGUGGCCGAGGGCGUCAAGAUCGGCAUCCAGGAGUGCCAGCAUCAGUUCCGUGGGCGGCGCUGGAACUGCACCACCAUCAACGACAACCUGGCCAUCUUUGGGCCCGUGUUGGACAAAGCCACGCGGGAGUCGGCCUUCGUGCACGCCAUCGCCUCGGCCGGCGUGGCCUUUGCCGUGACACGUUCCUGCGCCGAGGGCUCGGCAACCAUCUGCGGCUGCGACACACGGCACAAGGGGACCCCCGGGGAGGGCUGGAAGUGGGGCGGCUGCAGCGAGGAUGUCGAGUUCGGCAGCAUGGUGUCCCGGGAGUUUGCCGACGCGCGGGAGAACCGGCCCGACGCCCGAUCCGCUAUGAAUCGCCAUAACAACGAGGCUGGCCGCACGUCCAUCAGUGACCACAUGCACCUGAAGUGCAAGUGCCAUGGGCUGUCGGGCAGCUGCGAGGUGAAGACCUGCUGGUGGUCCCAGCCGGACUUCCGGGUCAUCGGCGACUACCUGAAGGACAAGUAUGAUAGCGCCUCUGAGAUGGUGGUGGAGAAGCACCGCGAGUCCCGGGGUUGGGUGGAGACGCUGCGGCCCAAGUACGCAUACUUCAAGCCGCCCACCGAACGGGACCUGGUCUAUUACGAGAGUUCGCCCAACUUCUGCGAGCCCAAUCCAGAGACCGGAUCCUUUGGGACGCGGGACCGUGCCUGCAACCUGACGUCGCAUGGCAUCGACGGCUGUGACCUGCUGUGCUGCGGCCGUGGACACAACACGCGCACCGAGAGGCGCAAGGAGAAGUGCCACUGCAUCUUCCACUGGUGCUGUUACGUCAGCUGCCAGGAGUGCGUACGAAUCUAUGACGUGCACACCUGCAAGUAGGGCUGCCCUCGCAGGCCGACCCGUUUCACCAGGGGGAGGGAGGGGGCGAGGGAAAAGGGUAGUUGACCCACACAAGCUUUCCAAGCUCGGGUUGACGGUCACCUGCAGUGAGGAGGAGAAGUAAGAUCUUUUUGUGGCUCGUUUGCAAAAAGACACAAAAAGCAUCAAACUGUUGGCCGUCAAGUGGCUUCACGGACUUUAUUGACACAGAUGAUGGUCGUUCGUCAUCC